AUGUCUUCCGUUUGGUCUCAUUGUACGUUUUGUCUUACCUCUUCACUUUGUUCUUUUUCUCUCUAUUUUCAUCACCACUGCUUUUCUAUCUUGCUCUCUAUUACUUCUCUCUCAGUCCCUAUCAGUCUCUAUUUUUCUCCCGCUUUACAUUACCUUCUAUCUCUCUCUAUUUUUACUCUUCUGUUCAUUUUCUUUCCUCGUUCCUACCACUGUUACCUCAUUCUCGUCCCACUUCUCCACUUCCUUAUACUCUCUAUGAUUCUCUCCUUCAUUUCUUUUCUUAUUGUAUAUCCCGUCCGCACCUUCCACUCAUUCUUCUUUUAUUCUGUUUCAUUCCCUUCUAUAUCUCUCUCCUUCUCUCCUUCUCCCAUUUCCCUUUCUAACAUUCUCUUCGUUUUCUCUCUCUUUCUUUUAUAUACUAUCCUUUACUUUGUCCACUCUCUUCAUUUUCUCACGCUCUCUCUAUUAUUAUCUCCUUCACUUUCUCUUUCUAUAAGUCAUUUCUUUUGCUCCCUCACGCUUUCUGUUAUUUCAUUCCCGAUGGAUUAUCUUCUCUCUGACAUUUUUAAUUACCACCAUGUAUUACUGUUAAUUCCCAUCUUUUCCCCUCAUUCGUUAGUAUUUAAUUUGCUUUCAUACAUGCUUUAUUCAUAUUGCCAUUUCCCUCUCUUCUAUCUAUCUAUCUAUCUAUCUAUCUAUCUAUCUAUCUAUCUAUCUAUCUGUCUUAUAUUUAUAUGUAUCUAUAUUUUUGUUUAUCUGACUCAUAUAUUCACAUCUAUCUAUCUAUCUAUCUAUCUAUCUAUCUAUCUAUCUAUCUAUCUAUCUAUCUGGCUCAGUAUAUUUCUAUCUAUCUAUCUAUCUAUCUAUCUAUCUCAGUAUAUUUCUAUCUAUCUAUCUAUCUAUCUAUCUAUCUAUCUAUCUAUCUGGCUCAGUAUAUUUAUACAUAUCUAUCUACCACACGUUGCCUUUAUUUCUAUAUUCUGUUUCCCUUAUAUUUCUUGUGAUAUUGCCAUUUCUUUGCUUAUAUGUUUUUCAUUUUCUUUUCAUCGCUUUCCCUCUUUGUCUUUUCCUACCUCCUCAUCUCUCUUCGUAUCACUUCGUUUUUGUCUCUCUCGUUAA